UAAAAAUAUUAUUCAAUACAAUAAAACUUUAAUAACAAAUAUUUCAAAAAAUAAUAACAAAUAUUUAAUAAGAAACAAAAUGACAGAAUCAAAUGUUGACAAUAAGGGUUUGAUUGUUGGUCUUUAUGAAAAUGAAGAAUUAACUCCAUUAGGACAACAAUUAAAUGAAAAAACCAAUGGCCAUUUAUUAAAGAGUGUCAAAUUAUCAGAUACCAAAGGUAAAGUUGGUGAUAGCUUAGUAUUAUACGAUGUUACCCCAGAAGUCCCAAGAGUUGCUAUUGUUGGUCUCGGUAAAAAAGAACAAACUCCAUCAGUUUAUGAAAAGAAUGAAAAUACAAGAAGAGCUGUUGGAAGUGGUGUUAAAGCUUUAAAAUCAAAGAAUGCUUCAAAUUUCACUAUCGAUUCAUCAAUUGGUUGUUCCAAACACACUGCCGAAGGUGCUUAUUUAAGUAACUUCAAAUUUGAUUACAAGACCUCUGGUAAACCAAAUACUACCAAUGAAAGCAUUGAAGUCACCAUUUCAAAUGAAUCCACCGAAUCAAAGAAUGCUUUCAACGAAGGUAAAAUCUUUGCCGAAUCACAAAAUUUCGCUAGAACUCUUAUGGAAAUGCCAGCUAAUUUAUUAACUCCAACUAUUUUUGUCGAAACUGUUAAAAAACAAUUCAAACACCUCAUUGAUAGUGGUAAAGUUGAAAUGAUUGUUCGUGAUGAACAAUGGGCUAAAGAUCAAAAAAUGGGUAUGUUUUUAGGUGUUGCUCAAGGUUCAGAAGAACCACUCAAAUUCUUAGAACUUCACUAUAAAGGUGCUUCUGCUGAUGGUAAGGAUUCAAUUGUUUAUGUUGGUAAAGGUAUCACCUUUGACAGUGGUGGUAUUUCAAUUAAACCAUCUGCUGGUAUGGGUUUAAUGAAAGGUGAUAUGGGCGGUGCCGCUUCCGCUGUCUCAUCAAUGUUUGGUGUUGCUUCAUUAGGUUUAAAGGUUAAUCUCAUCACUCUUACUCCAUUAUGCGAAAACAUGCCAUCAGGUAAAGCUACUAAACCAGGUGAUGUUCAUAUUGCUAUGAAUGGUAAAACUGUUGAAAUCGAUAACACUGAUGCUGAAGGUCGUUUAAUUCUUGGUGACGCUCUUCACUAUGCCCAUACUUUCAAACCAUCUACAAUCCUCGAUAUGGCUACUCUUACUGGUGCUAUUGAUGUUGCUCUUGGUCAACACUAUGCUGGUGUUUUUGCAGGCACUGAUGGUCUUUGGGAUGAAUUAAACGAAUGUGGUAAUGUCAGUGGUGACCGUAUGUGGAGAAUGCCAUUAUUACCAGAAUACAGAAAACAACUCGACUCUAAGAUUGCCGAUAUUGUCAACUCUGCUGGUCGUUCAGGUGGUGCUUGUUCAGCUGCUAUGUUCUUAAAAGAUUUUGUUACUAUUGAUCGUUGGGCUCAUUUAGAUAUUGCUGGUGUUAUGAGCUCUUCAGAAGAUGGCCCAUAUAUUAAAAAAGGUAUGACUGGUAAACCAGUUCGUGCUUUAAUAGAAUUUGCUAAAAAACAUCAACAACAAUAAGAAAUAUAGUUUUUAAAUAAUUCUUUUUUUUUUCCUCCUUUACUUAAAUAAAUAAAAUAGUUUUAUUAAAUUUGUAUUUAAUUAAUUUUAAUAUAAA